CUGAGACCGAACCAGAAAAAGCUCACAUCCCGAAGGCUAACGGCUUCGCGCACAGGACUCGAGAGCGGAGAACCCGGGACUGCCUAGGGUUUGGGCUAUCAAUUAACCUGGGGUCUGCACUCAGUCUUUUUUCGUGUUCCUGACUGCCCGUCCAGCACAUAUGCGAUCGCCGGCUUUAGGAGGACUCUGAAAAUCCUCGGCGCUAUUCUACCGCCUCGACGCCCACUGGCCCCAGCUAUAGUGGUAGCACAGUAAUUGCCCCUGGGCCUUAGAUUACAAGCGAACCAAACCAAACCAGCGCCGCCGCUCGUCUUUUCGCCAGCAACCCGGGACAAUAAAAGGGACACAUGGAGUCCCCUUUCUCGCCCGGCACGCCGGGCGCGGCCAGUUCACCACCAAACUCGCCGCCAGGACCGACAUCGUAUCAACGACCACUCAGCGCGAUGGUGCGAUCUGCCCCGAGAAGCAAUAGUCGCCUCAGCACUAGCAGCAAACUCGGUGGCGGAAGUAGGGCUUCCGAUGAUGAUGCGAGGACAUCUGUCAGAGUCGCUGUUAGGAUUCGACCGCCAUUAAAACCGACGGAUCCAGGCUUCGACUUGAUCCCGCAAAGAUUCCAGCGGUCUAUGGUCCAGGUGACAUCAAACACGAGCCUUACCAUCGAUGCACCACAAGGGAGAAAACUUUUCGUCUUUGAUCGUGUUUUUGGCCCAGAAAUCAACCAGGAGGGAAUAUGGGACUAUUUGGCGGACAGUGUCAACGCCUUCGUUCAAGGCUACAAUGUGUCCCUUUUGGCUUACGGCCAGUCGGGUGCCGGCAAGUCGUACACCAUGGGAACGGCCGUUCCAACCGACCAGGACGAUUUAGAAUUGACAGGCGUCAUUCCUCGCGCCGCAACUGCGUUGUUCGAGAAGCUUGAUGGUACUGGCCUCAGCAAAGCCGGUAGCAAUCCAAACCGAGGCUCUAUGUCACAGCUUCGCACACCUUCGAGGUACAAUGCAGCACCGAUUCCAUCGCGGAAUGGGGAAAAGAACUGGUCACUCAGAGCUACCUAUGUCGAGAUCUACAACGAACAAUUACGAGACCUGCUACUACCGGAAAAUAUACCCACACACGAAAGGAGUGCUGUGACGAUCCGCGAAGAUGUAAAGGGCAACAUCAUCCUUACGGGACUUCGACAGGUGGAAAUCAACUCGGUCGAAGAUCUGAUGAACGCGCUCAGUGUCGGAUCCGCCCUCAGGCAAACGGAUGCGACAGCCAUAAAUGCACGGUCGUCGCGAUCACACGCGGUGUUCUCGUUGAAUCUCGUGCAACGGAACAAGAAGUCGACACCAGCUGCUGAGAAGCGAAUGUCGAUGCCUGUGGAGUCCGGAAACGAGACGUUUGUGACGACUGACAGCAAACUACACUUUGUUGAUUUGGCCGGAAGCGAAAGACUCAAAAACACGGGUGCACAGGGUGAACGAGCCAAGGAGGGAAUCUCAAUCAACGCUGGACUUGCUGCCCUGGGCAAGGUUAUAUCACAGUUGUCAUCACGGCAGGCGGGGGCUCACGUGUCGUACCGUGACUCCCGCCUGACAAGGUUGCUUCAGGACUCGCUUGGAGGAAACGCCAUCACUUACAUGAUCGCUUGUGUUACGCCUGCAGAAUUUCAUCUGAGCGAAACGCUAAAUACCGUCCAAUACGCACAAAGAGCCCGAGCGAUCCAGAGUAAGCCGCGGAUCCAGCAGGUGGAGGAGGGUGACAAACAAGCCAUAAUAGACCGCCUCAAAGCGGAAGUGGCGUUUUUGCGCGACCAGAUUCGGAGCUCGGAGCGUAGCGAUGUGGACAGACGCAUCCUUGCCACUGGUGAGAGGUCCGAGCGGCCGGGUGAGCGUGAGGUCGAGCUGCAGAACCAGCUACUGGAUUUCCAGGAAAAUUACAGUAGUCUGAGCCAGCGGCACGCAAAACUGAUUGCUGAGAUGGCCAAGGCUCGCGAAAGCGAACAGGAUCAGCUGGCAUUGGAGGAGAGCCUUGGUGACAGUGCAACGGCACGUCUCAACCGCUCCAACAGUUUCGCACAAGCUGUUGAGCAGGUCGUGCUUGAAUACGAAAAGACGAUACAGUCUCUGGAACAGUCUCUCGCCAGCACUCGUGCAACCUUGGCUAGUACCGAGACAAGCCUGCUGGAGAAGGAAACCAAGUGCGCUUAUGUGGAAACUAUUAGUAACCAGCUACAGCUGCGACUUCAGAAAAUGAUGGACCGCGAGAACAGCACAGAGAGUUAUUUGCACGAGUUGGAAUCCAAACUCGAUGGCCACACCUCUGGCGAGGAGAAGAACGCCGCCAUCGUGAUUGAACUCCGCAAGGAGAUUGCACGCGUUCGUGAGGCUGAAACCACCGCGGAAGAGUACAUUACAACCUUGGAGGAGCGGCUGGCCGAGGCUGACCAAGAUGCGGAGCUGAUGCAGCGUGAGAUUGACCGCCUCGAGCAAGUUAUCGAGCGUCAACGCAGCCUGGGGAAGCUGGAUUCGCUUUUAUACGAACUGGACCAUGUCAAACAGGAAGUUGAGCCAGAGGCAGAGAUAGCGAAUGGCGGCGCUAGCCGUCGCGCUGCUAGCCGCUCCUUCUCAAACCACUCUCGGAGUCAUAGCCACGUGAGCCGCCACAGCCAAAAGGAGGAUGCCAUCCCGGAGGAUGAAGAGGAUCCAUCGGAUCACAAGAUAGGCACCAUACAAGAGGAUGACCGGGAGCGGGCCGCUCACGAGGAAGCUGCCGCUGCUGGUGGCAAGUCAGCCAAGUCAAACGGCCUGGCCGCAUCACCAAUGGACAAGGAGAAUGUGCCUUCCAGUCCCGCACAGACAAGGUUUAUGGCCGAUAAGCUCGAUACUGUCUCACGAGAGCUUGUCGAUCUGCGUGUGGAGCAUGAAGCAACAGUGAACGAUUAUGAGAUGCUGCAAGCCAAGUAUGAAGAGGCUUUGAGGGCCAUGGCAGAGUUGCAGGAUGCUGUGGAUGAGGCUCGGCACCCCCAGCCCCGGGACUCGAUUAUAUCCAUAACAUCGCAGCACACACGGCCUUCGUCUUAUCUCUCUGACGCACGGUCCAGCAUGACCAAGGAUGGAAAGCACUGGUCACGCUCGCUCUCGUCCGAGCUUUCCUCGGCGAUGCAGACCCCGACCUCUGUUGCUGAUGGAUCGGACGCUGAGACGCUCGUACAAAAGCCCACGGACACUCCGUCUGAAAGCAGCAAAUUCCAUGAUGCCUCCGUCCCUAGUCCAGUUGACGUUCCCGCCACUCGUGCUGAUCAAUCCGAUGCUCUACACUCGCGGUCAUCGUCAGACGCGAACCUCAGAGCCGAGCUUGAGCGCCUCCAAGCGUUGGCCGCCGAGAAGGCGGCAGCGGAGCAAAGGCUCGUUGAAAAGUACUCUCAAUUAGAAAAGCAGCACAGCGACGCUCUCGACAUCGUGGAGGAGCUCCGGACCGAAGUGGCCAAGGUUCAGGCCGAAGCUGCCGACCCAUCGUCGCCUCGGACAAGCUCACCUCUGAUUCGCCGCAAGUCUAAUCAGAACGUCAUGAUGGUCGACCGCGCCCACCGCUCCUUCGCCUCUCUUCGUAACAUUGCUACGGAGAACUUCGAAGAUAAUCCCGACGUGAUGCAGAACUUCACCAUCAACCUCGAGGCUGCUAUGCACGAACUUCACACUCGAUCUGAGAGGAUACAGCAGCUUGAGGCCGAUGUCACGGCCGCAAAGAAAGAGAUGGAGACUAAGAUGACCAUCAUUUCCGGCCUGACUCGCGAGAGGUCUAGUUUGAAGAGCUCCCCUAUGGACAUUUCGGUUAUUUCGACUCUGAGGGACCAGCUGGAGAAGAACGAGAAGGAGAGGAAGCAGAUGCAGGAGGCUCACUUGGCCCGCGAGCUCCAGCUGCAGUCCCAACUCGACUCGCUACGUGCCGAGGUUGAGACUGCCAAGACCAAGCGGACGUCGGACGCGACGGAGGUGGCCGACACGGCUUCUUCUCACGAAGGCAAGGUUGCAGAGCUGCAGGCCAACCUGGCCGAAUGGGAGGAGAAACACAGGAAGACUCUAGAGUCGAUGCAGACAACCGAGCAGGAGAUGAGGAAGACUAUCGGGGACCUUGAGGCCCAACUGGCUGCAAUCCCUGCCCCUGAUCCGGCCAAGGAGGAGGAGACUAAGGAGGCAGAGCUCAAGCAGCAAAACCUCGUCACCGCCCUACAGACGGAAAUUGAUGAGUACAAGUCCAUCAUCAGCAACAACGCAGCAAAGGUCGCUGAGCUUGAGCAAGGCCACGCUGCCACAAAGGAGCUACUCGAGCAGGCAUCUAAAUCACGUGAACUGGCAACGGCUGAGUUGGACCUCCAUCAGCAGCUUGUCUCCAAGCUUGAGGCCCAGAUUGAGGAGCAUGAGCAGUCAGUCAAGCAAUAUCAGGAGGAGCUAGCCGCUAUCCAGGACAACCACAUCAAGGAGCUCGAGAGCGUCAAGGCUAUUUCCAAGCAGGAGCAAGACGAAGCCAUUGAGAGACUAACAGCAGAGCACUCCGAGAACGUUAAGGUCCUCGAGAGCGAGCUUACGGAAGCCCGAGAGGACCUGAUGAAGGUCGCAACUCAGGUGGCCUUUGCGCUUGGCCUCGACGUGAGUGUGGAGAAGAUCACAGAUCGCAUUGAGGAUCUCAUCGCGGACCAGAAAGCGCUCUCACAUGAGCAGCAAAAGACUGCCAACCUCGAGAAGACGACCCAGGAGCUUACCACCAUCAACGACACCCUUAUGCGUGAGCUGGAGGCUGUCAAGUCAACACUGGCAGACCUGCUCACCAACCCUGGCGAGCCGUUGACGAGUCCCUACCCUAGCGUGCAUGAACAGCUUUCGGCUGUGAGGAAACGCAUGGGCGAGCUUGAUGCUAAGAACAAAAAGAACUCUCGCUUGGUGGAAGAGCUCGAGGACCAACUCCAGUCCAACUUUGAUCAGGCCCAGAUCGCCACGAACCGUUUCUCCACGCUGCAGACGGAGCAGCAGUCGCGGGUUGAGGAGGCCAAUGCUGCCAGGAUCAAGGUACAAAGCGAGCUUGACACAAUCAAGGAGGAGUACGCAGCACUCCAGGCCAAAUUCGAAGGUGUCAUUCCGAAUGACGUCCAGCGAUCAAACUCGAUCACGUCUGGUCUGCGCAAGAGCGGCUCUGUGGCCUCUUUGCCUUCACCACCGCCUGCCAUUCCCUUGCCACCACUGCCGGGAACUACCAGCAGCUCGCCACCUAAUGUUCCCGGCAUUCCCGCUACACCGACGGGGGCGAGGCCACCAAGCAAAGAUCUUGCCAUCUCGAUGCAAAUUCAACAGGACCAAGAGGCUAGGAUCCGAACCAUUGAGAAGCAUUUGACGGCCGAGAAGCAGCUGACUGCAACGCUCGAAGAAGCUCUGACCGACCUCGAGGACCAGUCCAAGAAGGUCAAGGCCGACUGCGACGCUUGGCGACGCCGCUGCAAUGAGCUCGAAACAGAAAUGAAGGAGCUCAAGGAGAAGCCGCAGCCCGACAACCGAUGGAGCCUGCACCAGGUGGAGGAGGAGCGCCGCAAGAGGCGUGAUGCUGAGCUUGCUAACGCAAGGCUCGAGGAGCGCAUGAAUGCCAUCUCCAAGAAGAACAAGAAGAAGGGCAGCCUCAACUGCUUCUAGGCGCGUGCGGUUGUUGCCGGCCUAGGAGUUUUGUUAGUCAUGGCUUUGGCUCUGAUGGGCGUUGUCGCCAUGGUGAGACCGGACGUUGUGCUGCUUUGUUCGGCUUUUCUUCCGACAUUUUCGGAGUACUUCAGGACCCCGCCCCCGGAGGAUACCUUGCCGUGGUAUCUCUGGGGGCUACGACAGUGUUGAGCUAAUGUUUGUUAAUUUAUUUUACCGCCCGAGACGACUAAGCGGUGCAUCUGGGAGGAACUUUUUUCUUCGCCGUGUCUUUUUAUUGCUCACGCCUUCCAUUCUACAUUUUUCAAUUCAUGAGAUACCUCUUUUACGUGGCUUCUUGUUCUUUUUUAUUUUAUUUGGUUUGGUCACUUUGAACCCCUUUAGCACGCUUGUUAUCUAUCUACCUUUAUGAGCAAAGAAGAAUGCGGGUAUGUCUGCCCCUAGCUUGUGUUUAGGUUUAUAUCCAAAUAACAUAUGGUGAGGAGUUUUUGUUUGCGACAUUUGCUUGACCUGUUAUAAUGAAUACAUGUUUUGAUUUACUGUUUGCCUCAUUCAAAU